CUCUGGAUGUGAAUUAUUAGAUGACCAUUAUCAAGUUGAGAUAGGAAAAGAAAGCAUAUAUGCACAAGACCCUAUCAAUACUCUUGGGGUGCUUAGGGAACAAAUAAUAAAUAUUUUCAAUGAUCGAUUUGACCUCACACAUGGGUUCAAAACACGAUUAUGCCUCACAGGAAAAAUGAGACGAUCAGCAAAUUAUCAGCAGGGGUUAUUUGACGAUGAAAUAGAAGAAGAUAACGGUGAAGAAGAUUAUAAAGAAGUUCCAUUCAAAAAUAAAGCAGUAGUAGUAACUGCUAAAGAAGAUAUCCCAAGAAUCGUAGACGAACUUAUUUGGGAUAUUGAAAAUCGAAUAGAAACUUAUGUUGUGGAUGGCUCAGGCUGGGUUUUUGAAGUAUCGGAAGAA